CCCCCACACACACUCCCUACAAAUACAUACACCCACUCACUCUCACUACACUCUCUAUGUCUUCCGCAUGAUGCAUUUCGGUUGAGCCCUAGCUAGCUAGCUCUCUUCCGUCCGCCAUUCUUCAUCUGCUUCUCAGAGCAAGCUCUCGAAUGCAUUAUGCAGAUUUCAUGAAAAGGGAGUCAUUCUAACACCAUGUACCACUCAAUGGCAAGGCAAGCAAACAUGAAUAAAGAAAACGCACCCGGUUCUAAUAUUCAAAAGCCAAUUUCAAGGAUUACUAGAGCACGGGCUAAAGCCUUGGGCAUAUCCGGUGAUGCACUCCCACUACAGGCCAAACAUGAAUCCAACCGGGUUCUGCAACCAAACUGUAAACGAGCGUCAUCAGAUAACCGACCCACUGAUGUCGGUUCUAGCUUUCAGUCCAAGCGAAGGGCUGUUCUGAAGGAAGUCACUAACAUGCCCUUAAAUGAUUUAAAUACGAAAAUCAUCAAUGGAACAAAAAUUCAGGCUAGCAAGAAUACGAGAACUGUUGUUGAAUGGAAUACAAUGGUGGUACCCGCUGUAUGUGUGGGCCCUCAGGAUCAAAAGGGAAAGAUAAAAGUGACAGAUGAUAUGACCAAACAGAGCGUAAAGGAAUUAAGGCAAAUAACCGCACAGCUAAAGUUAGUGAAUGAUUUAGAAAGAAAACCAAGUAUAUAUUAUAAUCCAAAAGCUCUUAGAAGCUCUUUGCCAAAAGGAGAAAUACAUAUUUUUAACAAAGUGGAGGCUGCAAAUGAUCAAGUCAUUGUGGAUAUUGAUUCUAAGCACAAGGAUCCUCAAAUGUGCAGCUUAUAUGCAGCUGAAAUAUAUAACAAUUUACGAGCGGCAGAGCUAAAGGGGAAGCCUUUGGUUAAUUAUAUGAAAACAGUGCAGCGGGACAUAACACAGGAAAUGCGUGGUAUUCUUAUUGACUGGCUUGUAGAGGUUUGUGAAGAAUAUAAGCUAAAAUCCGAAACACUAUACCUAACAGUCACUCUUAUUGAUCAGUAUCUCUCUAAAAUGUACAUUGAGAAACAAAGGCUUCAACUACUCGGGAUAACCUGCAUGCUCAUUGCCUCGAAGUACGAAGAAAUUAUUGCUCCACGUGUUGAAGACUUUUGUUUCAUCACAGACGGCACCUAUACUAGAAGAGAGGUACUGGACAUGGAGCAUCAAGUUGUUGAUAUGCUGAGCUUUCAAAUUUCUGUUCCAACUGUAAUUAAGUUCCUUCGGAGAUUUAUUUUAGCAGCACAAAGUUCUUACAAGGUUCCUAUUGUAGAACUCGAAUAUUUGGCAAACUAUUUAGCAGAAUUAACUCUCACUGAGUACAGUUUUUUGAAAUUUCCACCAUCCCUCAUUGCUGCAUCAGCUGUUUUCUUAGCCAAAUGGACACUUGAUCAAGUUGAACAUCCAUGGAAUCCUACCUUAGAACAUUAUACUAAUUAUAAGGCGUCAAAGCUGAAAGAAACAGUUCUGGCUCUCCAAGAUAUUCAACUUAACAAAGAAGCCACUCUUCAUGCAAUACGUCAAAAAUACAUGCAAUAUAAGUUCAACAAGGUUGCAACCUUAAUCUCCCAAAAGCCGGUGAAACCUUUGUCCUAACAUUUGAUGAGAUUAGCUGAUGAUCUUACAUGGGAACAGGGCGAUUUAACAUUCAAUGACUUCUUGUCACCUUUGAUUAAUUAUAUUGAACAUUACUGAUCCCCUGCAGCAGCCUUUUAUCAUGUUGUAAGUUGUAACCACUAAGGAGCUGUUGUCUGUGAAAUCCUUGUAAUGUUUUGAACAUUAACAGAAUGUAUCUAAAUCAAUUGAUUGAAUCUUAUACAAUUCUAUUUAUUAAUUAUUACUCUUCUUCUUCU